AUGGUUAGUAGGUCGUUAUUACUGACUUUUGCAUCUGUUAUAACCAUAGUGCACCCAAGCUAUGCUGCUACUACUACGAAAUCUAUUGCAACAUCAGCUGAAGCAGUAAACUCAUUCCCAACAUUAGCCGUUGGAAAAGAUUCUAAAGCGUUAUAUUAUGUUAACAUCUCAAUCGGUAUCCCAUCCCAAGAAGAGAAUGUAAGAGUAGAUAUUGCACAACCAUAUAUUUGGCUGCCCGCAAAAAAUUCAACAUGUGAAACCUCCUCCUGUGUAGUGACAUCUAGUUUCAACAAUCAGACUUCAAAUUCAUCUGUUUUGCUGCAGGACGGACAGAUAUUUAGUUUGGACUUCAUUGAUUCAAUAUCUCUUAACGGUACUUUUUACAAAGACGAUCUCACAUGUAGCAAUUUAGUACAACCAUUAAAAUUAAAUGAAUCGCUAAAAUCUCCAGAUGGAUUAUACACAACGAACACUACAGAUGAUUCAAUAACUUUAGUUGCAUUGUCUUUUAUAAAUGCGAUCGAUUACCAAGGCCUCACUAUCGGUUCUCUUGGUUUAGCUAGUUCAACCACCAGUGAUUUAUCUGGCGCAUCACUCGAUUUUGUUGACGACUCAUUUUCCUUUUUGACCUAUUUAUCAAAUUCGGAGGUCAUCGAUACUCCAUCAUAUUCCCUAUGGUUAGGAGGGGAUACAUUGCCUUAUACAAAUAUGACUUCCAUAAACUCUACUACCAUCGACUAUUGUGGUAACUUAGUACUUGGUGCCGUUGAUCAACGUUAUUACGAAGGACGUUUAGUUCAGUUUGACAUGUUACCAGCUUUACUAAACAAUGUGACAGAAGCAGUUACCUAUGGUCUACCCAUAAUACCCAUGGGUCCCAUAUAUAUAGAAAACUCUAGCGGUACACAGUUAAAUCUUACUACAACCAAUUUCCUAGAACCAGUGUUACUGGAUUCAAGAUACACAAACGCAAGACUGCCUCUAAAUACAGUGAUACAAAUUGCUACCCAACUAAAUGCAGCAUAUGUAGAAGAGUUUGGUAGUUGGAUUGUUGAGUGUUCCUUAGCAGAGAUGAACGUCAAUUUGAAUUUCAACUUCCAAGGCCUAACAAUUCCAGUAUCAUUGAAUGACUUCUUAUCAAGGGUGAUCAAUUCCACCACUGGAGAACCAAUCAAGUUCAGUGAAAGUUCUGAAGAUGCAUGUGCAUUAGCGGUUUAUCCAAACACUGACAUUGGAUUUAAUAUCUUAGGUGGUCCAUUUUUGAAGAAUAUAUAUUUAGCUAUAGACAAUGAGGGGAGAUCUGUUGCAAUUGCUAAGGCAGUUAAAGAAGAUGACACUUCUGCAAUAAAUUCUAUAUCAUCAAAUUCCAGUGACAACGAGACUCAUAUUUCUACUAGUGUAAAGAAAACAACGAGUCACUCCGGAAAUUCCACAGUAACCACGUCAACUAAAUCAGAGACCUUCGGUUCCAUACAAUCUGGUACCAUUCCAUUCGCAACGUCGUAUAACAUAACUGCAACAUCAAGAUUGACACUGAUACGGGAUGUCCACGAUGAAUUAAGCACAUAUCCAAUUGAAUUCACAGCUAUUUUAACAUCAAAUGGUUUAGUAUCUUCCAUGAGAUCCUAUUUUACAACAGACAGAAUAACAAGCUCUACGGUUAAGACGUCACAAUCACAGUUUGUAAGUAUACCGGUAAGAUCCGGCCUAAAUGGAACGGCCACGACAUACACAGCAUCUGCAAUAGCAAAUAAAAUAGCUGUGUUGAACAAAAACAUGAACUCAAAUACAAAUUCAAACAUAUUCAAAAACCCAUUGAACUUAACAUUCUUGACAUGCUUCAUAACAUUAAUUGUUAUAUCGUGGGCAUUUUAG